AUGGACUCGACCACGCGUCAGAACGAUGUCCACUCAACUCGCCUCCGGUUCCCGGAAGUGCGUUCGCUGAACGCCGACAAUCUCGUCAUACACAGCGACAAUGAUACGAAACUCCCUCGGCCAUGGAGCUGGUCACUUCGAGAGGUAGACGUGGCUUCUCUCCCGUGGCUGGGAUGGCUGUUCGUCUACGCAUUCGUUCAAUUCUACUUCUCCAUCAGUCGAUGCCUCGCGCUUAAGGCACUGGUGGUAAUGUACGGAAGUGCCACGGACUACACGGCGUUCGUCAAAAUGUCAGCGUUGAGUCUCGGAUUCUUCGAGGAUUUCGUGUGUACGACGUACUACGCGAGCGCCUUGUGGGUAUUCGAUACUCUGAAGCAAAUACUGAUGGAGCGAUACGGUUCAACGGGCGGUAUGGCGGUCGAUAUUGUCGGAGGGAUCGCCACAUUCACGUUAUCGUGGGUGCUGUUUAUUGCAAUGAUGGCGCCAUUUGUGGCUGAUAUGAUGUUGGUGGUAUACCGAGAUAUGCGCUUCUCCUUCCGUCUCCUCGCCUCGUUGAUUAAAGAGAGGGAAUACCUCAAAGCCGCGCCGAUAUCAACGGACGAGAUGCAGACCGCCUAUGUGACGGCAGGCUACCUCGUCGUAAUUGCCACACUGUUCGCAUCAGUGCGUACCUGGACAAAGUGGGCGGAUCUGGCCCUCUGGAACCCGACGCAGCUAGUACUGAAUCCCGUGACUAACUUAACAAUCGGGAAAUCCUCCAAGAAAGGUGCGGGAGGUGUCAAAUACGAAGCUCUUUCUCUAGAAGAGGGCACGAGCUCGACUGCUAAAGCCUCAAACAAGGUGAGCGAACCCUCAACUACACGACACCAACUGGUACGCGUUGCAGUCGUCGUCCUGGGCCUUGUGGUUGUACCUGCGAUGGGCGUUGCGUUGCGUAGCGCUUGCUCGCCACUCGUGGCCUACGCAGCGCUGAACGUGACACUGAACGAGCUGCUUCUCCACAUGUUCGAACCUGCCCCCAUUGAGGUGGAGCUCGCAAACUUGACCGGGAAUAAACCGUGGGUGGAGAAGUACAUCGACAAGACCGAAGAAUACGAGCGCUUUGGAGACGAUACCAUGUUCCGACGCACUACUGGCUUCAAAGGAGAGCUGGCCUUUAAUGUCACUAUUGACAACGACAAUCCGCCAAAUGUUUUAAUCAUUGGAGUGGAAUCUUUCCGGUACCGAGACUCGCGGUACCUCGUGGGAGAGGAAGACCCGUCAAACUUGUUCAAAGGCACAAAUUUGACAAUAACGCCGAAUUUCGACCGAUGGGCGAAGCGAGGCGUCGCCUUGCGCAAUAUUUGGUCCAGUAUCCCCACCAGUCGGUCUCUGGAGAGCGCAUUGUUUGCUCAAAUCCCGUAUCACAGCAACACCCAGAGCGGGGUCACGGGAGGGAAGGUACAAACCAAGCUGUCAGGAGUCCCGCAAUUAUUCUCGGAAAAGGGAUAUGAGACGUACUUCACCACGGGAUCCACGCUAGAAUUCGACAACUGGAACACCUUCUUGCCUUCGCAUGGCUUCGACAACGUGUGGGACGCCAGAAAGAUGAAGAGGAUGGCAGAACAGACGCUUAAUAUCAGUCAUCAAGACUGGGAUGGCGUCGAACACCGCGGGUUCGGCUGGGGUGUCCAUGAUGACCUGAGUUUUAAACUUCUAGGUGAUUUUUUACUCAAGAAAAGAGCCAGACAGAUGGAAAAGUCAGCUCAGGGAGAACCCAAGAUGCCCACAUUCGUGACGCACUACACCAUUACGAGUCACGAGCCGUACGAGUCGUGGCCCAAGUGGUACGAUGAGGCUGAGAAACCUGAUUUUUCAGUCAUGUACGAAGGCGAACAGAACGCCCACCGGAUCGAAAGAUACAUGAAAGCGCGGUAUUUUACCGAUAUGGAACUUGGCAAGUUCAUGGACCGUAUGCAGAGGGAAGGCUUCCUUAACGACACCAUCGUAGUCAUCUUUGGAGACCACGGACAGGCUCCAGAGAGUGACAAUGCCAACUUACAUGAAGAAUCGGUGACGCGAGUGCCUGCUACUAUCAUUGCCGAAGGGCGACUGGGUGACGCGGUGGGGCUUGUGCUUGACGACGUAGCCGAGCAGUACGAUCUUCUGAAUACUCUUGCCGACAUAACUGGGUUACCGAAGGGAGGAUUCCAGCAAAAUGGCGUCGGUCGGUCACUGAAGCGUAAGGCUUCUUCCAAAAAACAUGUUGUGUAUAGUAACGACCCGUUGCGCAAGAUGGCGAUUGUGCGAGGCCACGAGCGUCUUCGUUAUGAUGAAAUUACAGACUCCAUGAUGCUGCACGACACGGAAACGGACUUCCACAUGACCACGGAUCUCUUACCGUUCCUCAAGCCGGAAGAACGUGCCGAGUGGGAAGCGCUGCGAGAGGAUGGACGUCUUAUCACGACGUACUACAGGAAGCGGUGGGACGAGAACUGCCUGCUUGCUGCCAAGUGUGAUCCCUAA